UUAUUGCAACUAAAACGGAAUUGGAUAGGAUGCUUCAAACGAUGGUCGUCCAGUCCAAUGUAGUUUAUUGCCAUCAGUAAAAUACUUGACUUUCAUCAAUCAAAACGUCGAUACUUUAAAAUCGGUUAAAAAAACAGACGAAAGGGAAAAGAAAACAUAUUUUUAAACUCGUAAUGCGUGUGUUCAACUGAUUGUACAAGGUCAGAAUUAUUACGUGGAAAGUUUAUUUACCGACGAACCGAAAAACGUGUAUAACUUUUGAAACUUUACCUGAUUAAUGAAUAGUUUAAUGACGAUGAUGAAGAUAAACGGAAAUCAGUAGAAUUAGAUCAAUAACAUCAUAAAGUGUGGUAGCUUGCACAAUGGACCAGGACAGAAGGUACAGUAGUAGCCAGUUGGAGGGCGGGUCGGCGAGGAGAUUCUCCCGGGCCCCGCACGAGGUUUCGCUGGAGGGCGGGUCGGCGAGGCGUUUCUCCCGGGGCCCGCACGAGGUGUCGCUGGAGGGCGGCUCGGCGAGGCGAUUGUCCCGGGACCCGCACGAGGUUUUGCUGGAGGGCGGCUCGGCGAGACGAUUGUCCCGGGGUCCGCACGAGGUGUCGCAGCUGACUGGUUCGAGUCUGGAGCGGAAGUCGAGCCGGGCCAAGGCGGUCGUGAGCCCUGUCAGCGAGAUUGAGGAGAUCCAGGGGCACGUGGAGGAGCCGGGAGAGGAGGGAGAGGAAGGUCGACAGAAUAAAGUCAGCAUCUUAAGCAAUAUGGCCAUCGCCCAGCGACCAUCGCAGGGGAUUAUCCAAAAACAGCCGAUGAGCGCACACAGUUCUAUAAUGGUUCCUUUGGCGAUCGCCAAGCUACAGCGCAAGAUAUCAUUGAAUCCCCGCGUGAUGACGCCGCCUGGCCUCGAGGUGCUAAGCAACAAGGCGAUGGUGGCCAUCCGCCAACAGAUGGAGAUGGACAUUAAAGGAGGCUGCGGGACGCCAAACACGUACAAGAUCUGGGAUACCAACGACGAACAGAUGUUCUUUGCGUCAGAAGAGUCCGGAUGCCUGUGCCGCUGGGCUUGCGGCCCGGCCCGCCAGUUCUCGUUGGACGUGUUCUCCACAGAAGACGAUCUAGUGCUCAACUUCCAUCGCACCGCCUGCCGGUGUGACUGCUGCUGCUGCCUCGACUGUUUCCUCUGUCUGCAGAAGUUAUACGUCGUCGAUUGCCUGGGACGCACUCUUGGCGCUGUUAAACAAAAGUUCAGCGUGUUCAGCGCCAAGUUCGACAUCGUGGACCACGAUAACAACGUUCUGUUCAAGGUGCUGGGGCCCUGCUGCCCUUGUCGCUGCGCCACCGAACUAUUCUUCCAGAUAUUGAACAAGACCGGUGAACGUCAGUUAGGGCGGAUCCAGAAGAAAUGGGGUGGAGACCGAACAGACAACGUCAACGUGGACCACGAGUACUUUGACGUCACGUUUCCACCGAAGCUCGACGGCGUCGACAAGGCCCUGAUCAUCGGAGCAGCUUUCCUCGUGAACUUCAUGUAUUUGGAGAUGUCAUGAAAGUACAGAAAUCAGAUCUACCGGUAACCACAGACAAAGAAGACAGGAAAAAAUAAAGGCACUGAAAAACGAACACGUUAACGAUAAAAAAAUAGCUAAGUCGUUUAAAAAAAUAAACCAUUGAUAAAACGUU